AUGGCUGCAACCAUCGAAGGCGAGUGGCUCAUCAAGCUCGAGCGCGGCUGGAGCGCGUGGACGGUGGGAGAGCAGAAGUUUCAGGGCUCCACGGAGGAGUCCUUCCGAUACACCUUCGGAAAGACCGAGUUUCAGGUCGACUUCCAGAGUGAGACUGAGGGAACCUCCACAAACCUGUCCACGGGCAAGGCUCGUCCACUGUGCUUCGUCCGGAAAGGCCAGGCGCUUCCGGGCGCUGAGGGCGAGCAGGAGGUGCAACAAGCUCAGGUGGCUUCCGACCGGCCGUUGCAGGCCACAAAGGCGGACAGCAACCUACCCACUUGCUACUAUCUUACAUCCACCGCGCAGUCUUACGAGGGAGAGUACCAGUGGCUUAUUGAGCUCGAGAAGGGCUGGAGUGCAUGGCUGCCCGGAAAUGAGCCCUUUGACGGCAACACAGAUGCGCCACUGCGGUACACCCUCGGAAGGUACGACUUCGAAGUGCACUUCGAGGAUGACAGCCACGGCACGCAGACCAACUUGACCACCGGCAAGGUGCGCCGCAUCCAGCGCCUGCGCAAGGGCGAGGCGGUUCCUGCCUGGGAAGGCACGGGAAUCCGCAGGCGGCCUGCCAAUGGGGCCGGAACCGACCUGGCCGCGGCCCCCCCGCAGUCCGCCGCCAUGGCCGCGCAGUCGGAUCGUGCUGGUCGGCGCGCCGCGGCGUACCCCACGGAAGGGGCGCCGACGAAGGGCACGCAGAAGUUUGCCCUUCGCACCUCCAAGCCGACACCAGCUUCCAGGCCCCAGGUCUCUGAGGCUGCCUUCAGGGCCAGCGCUCCGCCCGCCGUGGCUGUCGCUGGCACGGCAGGUGCCAUGCCUCGCUUCAUGCGGCCACUGAAGUCCAAGGCUUGA